CACAUGUAAAACCUGCAGGACAGCGUGCUCGAGGCCUGGAGUUGGACCCCCUGUGUUAGUGGAUGUGAGGACAAUCAAAGCAGCCAGUCAGCCAAAGCUGAAGCAUUCCCUGCAUUCAGUAUGAGCCAUUAAAAAAACCUCAGCUACAGUUUAACACGAGUCUGUGGAGACGGACUCAGUUUGGAGUCAACCUCAAGCAGCCAUCACAGGAACUGCAGGCGCGCGCGCGCCUCCGCCUUAUCUUAAUGCUUCCGCCUGCUUUUACGGACAGAGUGGUGCAUCCUGUUGGAUGUGGAGGAUCUUUUGCUCCGUCUGCGGCCACAGCUCCCAGCAGCGGAUCGCGGUGACAGAGAGUGUGUGUCUGUGUGUGUGAGAUGGGGAUUAUUCUCAUUUCACAGCAGAGGACAGAGGACGAGCCUUUCUGGACACAACACCUCCCCCUCCUUCCUCCUCCUCUUUCUACAGCAACAUAGCCGAGGAUUAGAAGAAACUAAUACUUCAUCGGUGACAUUAACCAAAGCUUCAUCUGUUCACACGCUCACGCAGACGAAGAGGGGAGAUCAGCAGCGGAUCCCUCGGCUGUCAGACGCAGAGGAAUGAUAAUUAGAAAAAGAUUGACUCGGCAGCAAGAAGAGGAGAGGAUCCGGCCUGCAGCAGCAGCAGCAGCGAGGCGAGCAGAGGAAUACGUGAAGACGGAGAGCGAGAACAGAAGGAGGGAUUGAAGUGAUCGUAAUCUGGUGAAGAGGAAGAAGAAGAGAGCGAAACCUCGGAGCAUCAGCAGCACUUCUUUUCUUUUUUUUCUGAGAGAGAUGAUGGUGACAGCAGCGUCAGCGAAGGAGGGGAGAGAGGGAUGAGCUUGGAUCAAUAAUCCUCCCUCCUCCUCCACCUUCAUCCCUCCAUCACCUCUGCAGGAGCCGCUGAAACCUGAUCCAGAAGUGCCAUCCAGCUGGAUUAUGGUGAUGACGGUGAAACCGAAAUGUCUCGCAGCGUUCGGGAAGAACACCAAUAUUUAACAUGACCUUUGACCUUUACCUAUCACCUCCUGUGACAGAGCAACUGCAGGAAGACAGGCUGAGGCCUGCUGGUGAGUCCAUGGACCAGGAGGAGGUGAAGCUCUGCUCUUCCAUGCUCAUUAGAAGAUGAUUUUCGACUGACGUUACACUUUUUGAUUUGCUGAGCUUUGAGUUGCGAACUUCGGUCCCAGGUCAUAUUAAUGAUGGCGAGUGUCUGAACUGAGCUAACAUAACCAUCUGCUGACUGUGAGAUUUGGAAAAUCAGCACAUGGCUUUUGACCCCAGGAUUAUGAGACUCUGCAGGGAAGCUGAUGCUUAGUCAACUCACAGUUCACGGCUCCAGUGGACCGUUGGUGGAAAAAAUGACUAGUUUCACAAGAUCUCAAUAGACUGGAGUCAGCAAUGAUAACAUGCAAUAUCUUUAAUAGAGAGGGGCAAGCAAAUCCCCCGUCAGCUGUGCUUUCCACACCUGCUUCUGGGAAACUGAUGUUCUGAUGUGCUGUAUGGAGUGCAGAGUCCGGAUUCAACUGAUUCAUUGAAAAACAGGAAGUUUAACGGACCGUUCUGACUGUCGGCGAGACGAGGCAAUCUCGCACUCUAACCCGAUCGUUCUGGUUUUAACUGUCAUGGGUCUGAACCCCGGCAGGAGUACCUGACCGAACCAGGGAAUGGUCGGCAGCUCAAUAAAACUCUGUGUUUGGAGCACGCGAGGGCGAGGUCCAUCUUGAUCUCUGAUUCAGAACUCGAAGAAGAAAAAGUCCUCUCCCCCCCACUUACCUCUGGUGGGGGGGAGGGUGAAGGGUACUUUUGUUUUAAGGUUUAGGAUUUAUUUUUCACACAGUAGGCUUUAGGCUGUAGAGUUGGGCGACUCUGCUCUGCGUAACUUCAGAUCCGGUCCAAGUUCUUCUUUGCGUUCGGCCAGUUUGAGGGAGUUGUAUCCUCGGCCCUGUGGCUUAUUUGUGUCACCACUCUUUGAGUUAGCCUUUGGCUCUGCACUAGCAGUAGCUGUGACUCAGGCAGCAUUUCAUCCGGUGCGGAAGUUUAGCAUUUAGACUCAGUGCUGCCUUGAAUUGUAUUACCUGGAUCUAAACAACUGUGACAGCAUUUAGGCUAAAAGUGACCGUUGUCCACUGGGCAUUUCCAUAGCCGUUUUUCUUUUUUGUUUUGUUAGCCUGAGGUUCCCUAGCCAUUAGCUUGAGUGCUACCUUUCAGACCUAUUAGUCAUGGAUGCUAAUCAGGGCCCAGGCCAGGGCAGUCCAGAAAGCCCUAACCGGGCCGUGGAGUAUCUUCUUGAACUCAACAACAUCAUUGAAAGCCAGCAGAAACUUUUAGAAACGCAGCGGCGCCGAAUUGAGGAGUUGGAGGUCCAGCUGGACCGGCUCAGCCAAGAGAACAAGGACCUCCGUUUGGACCGGCAGCCCGUCGCUCCUCCCCCACCUGCGCCUCCUCCCGAGCCUCCUCUCCCUCCUCCUCCGCCACCACCGCCGCCGGCUCAGACCACAUCGGCUUCCAUUUCCACAAAGAAUCACCAUCACCACAACAGCCAGCACCAGGCUCCGGCACAGCCUCCCUGCUCCAUCCCCCUCCACCACCAGCAUCAUCAGGUGCACCACCACUCCUCCACCCACCACUCCCACUCCUAUAAUAGCACCAACAGCACUGCUCCGACUCCAAUUCCAGUUCCCUCUCCAACCUGCGCCCCAACACCUCACUCUGUACUGACCCAAAUUUCAGCUCCGAUCUCCUCUUCAGCCCCGGCUGCUCCUCCCCCACCUCCGAUUCCACCCAGGGAUCAGCCGCGAGCCCACAGCCGGCUGACUCGCAUGCCCUCCACCAGCACUGGCACCAACACCAACUUCGUGGAGAAAGAGAAGGAAAGGCUGGAGCGCCUGCAUAGAUCCAACGCUGCCAACAACCAUCACGCCCACACCCUCCACCACCACAAAUUUGUGGAGGGCGACUCUCAGUGUCCAGAGGCACUCACCUUUUCUGAUUCAUCCUUUGGCCAUCCACCUCCCUUCCAUCGCUAUAGCAACAGCCCCCUCUCCAGCCCCUGUGACCCCUACGGCUCUCCCUCCUCCGGUGGGCCCCUGGGAGCCUCCCACACACAUACACAGGGCAGCUCACCCAUCUCGCCCCCCAGCCCAGCGAGCCUCGCCUGGGCUCAGCGCAGCCGACACCAGCCAGCCAGCCUGGCGCUCCGCAAGCAAGAGGAGGAGGAGAGCAAACGCUGCAAGGCUCUAUCUGACAGCUAUGAGCUCUCUACAGACCUCCAGGACAAGAAGGUGGAGAUGCUUGAGAGGAAGUACGGGGGCCCGUUCGUGUCCCGGCGGGCAGCGAAGACGAUCCAGACGGCGUUCAGGCAGUAUCGCAUGAACAAGAACUUUGAGAGGCUUCGCAGCUCCGCCUCAGAGAGCAGGAUGACCCGCCGCAUCAUCCUGUCCAACAUGAGGAUGCAGUACUCAUUUGAUGAGCGUCAACCACAGGGUCAGGGACCGCCAGGUCAGCAGGGCUCAGAGGACGCCGGAGAUGUGGACGACUCCUUCUCUAAGCAGGUUAAGUCCUUGGCAGACUCCAUGGACGACUCCCUCACCUGCCAGUCCGGCCGUGAAGACUCACAGGAAGCGGGAGGAGAUGGAGAGGAGGACGAUGACGAGGACGAAGAGGAGGGCGAUGAGGAGGAAGAAGAGGAGGAGGAAGAAGGGGAAGAGGACGAGGAGGAAGACGAGGAGGAAGACUACAGACAGUGUGCGUGGCGCAACAGCACGACAUCUUCCCGACGUGCUGCGGGCCGGACGGGGGGAGGAGGGGGGAGGGCGGGGGCAGGAGGAGGUGCCUCCAUGCAUGAGGACAGCACCGCUACCUCCUUCAGUGAUGUCACCCUGUACAUGGAUGAAGGCUGCCUCCCCUCCUCGCCGCUGUCCCGUCCCGCCUCCAGCUCUGAUACAGAGUACUGGGGAGGAGGGGGAGGAGGAAGUGCAGGGGGGAGAGAAGACAGCAGGGAGACGGAGGGAGGCAGCAACACGAGCCGGAGGAGCAGCACCCCCUGCACAGAGUGUCGGGGCGAGUACAGAGGCAGGGGUGGAGGAGGAGGACAUCUCCCCGUCCUGACCAUCGAACCGCCCAGCGACAGCUCAGUGGACAUGAGCGACAGGUCAGAGCGAGGGUCUAUCGGACGCCUGGUGUACGAACAGGAGCCGUCAGGAGUCGAGCGGGGAGGAAGUGGGGAGAGGGAUAGGAGGGGGGGAGGAGUGGAAGGUGAAAGCGGAGAAGAUGAGCGAGGAGGAGGAGGCGGAGGAAGCAGCGAAGCCGAAUCUCCGCAGGGAACCAUCAAACACAAACCCAACGGUCGCUCAGUCGCCACGGCGCAGGGACAGACUCGCAGCCCCUCCAACGUCCCCCUGCCGAUGCCUUCGGCCCGCACCCUGCCCUCGCACCCGCUCCCUCACCCACUCCAGCACCCCCACCCUCACCCUUCACCCAUCCCCCACCUCCCCACCAUCCUCGACCACCACCCUCAGUACACCCAGCAUCACAUGAUGCACAUGCACCACGGACACGGCGGCAGCCCUUACAUGCAGCACGCUCACCACUUCGCCCAGCACCACUACCACCACCUGCACCAUCAACACCACCACCUCCCUCACGCUUACCCCGAACCCCCUUCUUCCCCGCUGCCAUCUCCCGUACCGCCCCUCACACCUCUCUCCCCCCUGCCACCGCUGACGCCCUCGCCGCUGUCCUCGUCGUCCUCUGCGCUCCAAAGCAUGGAGGCGCAGCAGCACCACGCUCACCACCCCCACCUCCACCACCACCACCUGCUCUGCUCUGAUGGAGACAACGAGAGCGUCAACUCCACCACCACCAACUCCAACGAUGACACAACGGUCAACAACUGCAGCUCCGGCUCCUCGUCCCGCGACAGCCUCCGGGAGCCAAUCGGAGGAGCUGCGCUGGGAAAGCAGACCUACCAGAGGGAGAGCCGUCACAGCUGGGACUCACCUGCGUUCAACAACGACGUGGUGCAGCGGCGGCAGUACCGCAUUGGACUCAACUUAUUCAACAAGAAGCCAGAGAAGGGGAUCCAGUACCUGAUCGAGAGGGGGUUUGUGUCAGACACGCCAGUGGGCAUCGCCCGCUUCAUCCUGGAGAGGAAAGGCCUGAGCAGGCAGAUGAUCGGAGAGUUUCUGGGAAGCCGGCAGCAGUUCAACAAAGACGUCCUUGACUGUGUCCUGGAUGAGAUGGAUUUCUCAGGGAUGGAUCUGGACGACGCUCUGAGGAAGUUCCAAGCUCAGAUCAAAGUUCAGGGUGAAGCCCAGCGGGUGGAGCGGCUGGUGGAGGCCUUCAGUCAGCGAUACUGCGUUUGUAACCCGGUGCUGAUCCGGCAGUUCCAGAAUCCAGACACCAUCUUUAUCCUGGCCUUUGCCAUCAUCCUCCUCAACACAGACAUGUACAGCCCCAACGUGAAGCCGGAGAGGAAGAUGAAGCUCGAGGACUUCAUCAAGAACCUGCGUGGUGUCGAUAAUGGUCAAGACAUUCCCCGGGACCUGCUGGUGGCGAUCUAUGGAAGAAUCCAGAAGUGGGAGCUUAGGACAAACGAUGACCACGUGUCCCAGGUCCAGGCGGUGGAGAGGAUGGUGGUCGGCAAGAAACCCGUGCUGUCGCUGCCUCAUCGCAGGUUGGUGUGCUGCUGUCAGCUGUUCGAGGUUCCCGAUCCAAACAGAGCUCAGAGGAGCGGCGUCCACCAGAGAGAAGUCUUCCUGUUCAACGACCUGCUUAUGGUGACAAAGAUCUUCCAAAAGAAGAAGACUUCUGUGACGUACAGCUUCAGACAAUCGUUUCCUCUGGUCGACAUGCAGGUCCACACUUUCCAAAACACCUAUUAUCCUCACGGUAUCCGGCUGACGUCCGCGAACCCCGGAGGAGAGAGGAAGGUUCUGAUCGUCUUCAACGCUCCGAGCCAGCAGGACCGAGCACGUUUCACCUCUGACCUCCGAGAGAGCAUCGCAGAGGUCCAGGAAAUGGAGAAGUACAGGGUGGAGUCUGAGCUCGAGAAGCAGAAAGGCGUCAUGCGUCCUGGCGUGUUGACAGGGGGAGGACCGGGAGGCAUGGGCACUCAAGGAGGCGGGGCAAACAGCGGUGGAGGAACCUUAAAGAGUGAGGUGGUGAACGGUACCCUGGGAAGGCCGAGCCUCGACGACACGUACGCAACAGUGGACGGACUCAAGCGCACGGCACUCAGCUCGUCGCUCAGAGACCUCUCAGAGACAGGGAAGCGGGGUCGUAGGAACAGUGUGGGGUCACUGGACAGUACCAUCGAAGGUUCCAUUAUUAGCAGCCCCCGGCCUCACCAGCAGCGCCCUCUGCCUGAUGGAGGUCUUUCCUACAGCCCUAUCAUGGUUCCUACAUCUCCAGCAGCCUACCGGCCACACCGCCCUACUCAGAGCCCCGGUACGGGGGUGGGGGGUGGGCCGGGGCUCUGUCACAACCAGGGAGGGGUCACCACCUCCCCACUCGCGAGCGGGGGAGGGGUUGGGGGCGGCGGAGGGAUGCCGGCAGGGGGCGGACCGACUGGCGGAGGCCGACUAGGGAAUUUCUUCGGCAGUCGCAGAGGCAAAGUUCCUGGUCCCCUGACGAUGACCUCACCCCCUCCACAGGGUCCCCCGAGUCCCCUGAUGAUAUCAUCACCCCCCCACUACCCCGCCCCCGCGCCUCCCAUCCCCCACCCAUCCUCCCCUUCCCCAUGCCCCUCCCCAUCGCCCAACCUCGGGCAGUCGGACUCGGGAGGAGUUGGAGGGGGAGGCGGUACGGCAGGGGCACAAUCCAAGCUCCAAGCGUUGCACGCCCAGUAUUGCCACGCCAACAGUGGAGGAGGCGGAGUCAGUGUUACUGGGCACCAGCAGCAGCAGACACCGCCCCCACCUUACCAUCACCAUCACCGCUACCACAUGCAGAGCGUCCCGCAGCACCACGUCCUCUCGCACAGGUUCUCCGCACCCCGACGGCAAGGCCCGUCCGGCUGCGCUCCCUCUCAUACCCAGCAGCAUCAGAGGAUGCAACAUGUCAUCAUUCCGCACCCGCGCUACAACAUAGCGUCAGGCUUCACCACGCCGCCGCCGCUGUCCCCGCACUCCCCUGUCACCCCCAUUACCCCACACGGACUCUUCCACUCGCACCCCGCGGCGGGGAGGCCAGGUGGAGGGGCCAAGCUCCCGCUGACCAUCUCGCACUCGCAGCCCCACCCCCACGCUCACACACACUCUCACAACCACGCCGUGCACACACACUCCCCGCUCAGCCCGUCCCCGUCCGCCUCCCCCUCCACCCACUUCAUCUUCUCCACCCCGCCACCCCAGACUCCCUCAGCACGCCUCGUCACCCAGACGCCUCCGAAACCAUAUACCCCCCAGUACCCACCGCUUUCGUCCAUCCCGCCUCCCCCGCCGCAUUCACCCUUGCCUCCCCCGUCAACCGCCCCGCUCUCCCCGCACCCCCCGGGGGUGGGGGGAGGCCAAGGGGGCGGCCCCAAAUCCAAGCCCGUCAGCCGGAUCAGCACGGUCGUGUGAGGAGGCAGAAGUCCAGGACAGUGGCGCGUCACCCUGCAGUGAGCCGCCGGGGGGUGGUAGUGAGCAGGAGAGGGAGGAGGAGAGGUGGAGGAGGGGGAGGACAAAUGCAGCCGUAUGAAAGCGGACGCCUGGUGAGGAGGAGAACGGUGAGAGCGGGGAAGAGGAAACUUCUCAGCCUGUGUUAUUUCCACAUCCACUUCCCCCGCAGGUAGAAAGACGCACACACACUGACGGAUGCUUCUUACAGGGAGCAGAUCCUCCCAGAAAAAGCUGCUCGCGGAGCGAAAAGCAUCCAGAACGUGAAUCAUGCCGUUUUCAGUCACGUGAAGAUGAAGAAAAAACACCCACAUUGUCCCGAUGUCUUGGUGAAAACGUCCUCAUCUUCCCCCCGUAGUGCCCUUCAGAGGUGAGCUGGGAGGACAUAUUUGUAGUUCUUCAUCGACAGGGGAAGUGUUCGUGCCACAUCGUAGGAAUUUGUGUGCUGUCGUGGAAAAAAAUGGUUCAGGGACCAGACGUGAAGGGAACAGUGCCUGAGAAUAUAUAUCCCAAGGAUUACGCCUGACAUAAUGUACAGAGAGCGGAGAACGAAGCGAGUCCGGGUCGCGUUUUCCAAAAAACACAGUCGUCUUACACCACCUUGUUUUCCGCACAAAAGCACUCUUGUUUUGGUUGUUGACAUAUUUACAAGCCAUGAGGCGUUACGGACAAGCAGAGGUGGUUAGCGUUAAUAUGGUGCAGUUUCUGUGUCUUAGACAGGCAUGCAUGACCUGUGCAAUAGCUAAUAAGUGUCAAUGUGACUGUGGUUAAACUUCUAUAUGCAGGGGGAGGGAGUUGUUGUGAUUUAAAGCCCCAAUCCAGCAUUUAUUUGGCCAUAAGAAGUGAAGAAUACGGAACACUUGACCGUCUAGGUGGACAAUAAACUUUCUAAAACCUUUAAAUAAGCCAUCAUAACAAACACUCCAGGUGUCUUUUUACCUUUGCAAAAAUAACUAAAAGCCUUUAGCGUCUGUGGAUUACAGGGUUUCAGCAGGGACUGCUAUGCUCUUGUUUUGGAUUGGGACUUUAAAAAAAUUCCCAAUUAUUUCCUCAUGUAACGGGGAUUUAUUUGAUCAUUUGUGCUAAACCUGUGAAUGCUCUCCCUUGUUAUUAAGUAUAUAUGAAAGCAUAAGCCUGAAUUUGUCACAAGCUAUAAUAUACUCAGAUAAUAUAAUACUGCAGCUUUCAGCUGUACUUCAUGCUCCAUGUUGUAUGUGACCCUCUACGUUGCCACAGACGGAGAUUGGGCCCAAAGCUGCCGGACAGGGAGAUGAGAGCUGCGGUACCUAAACGAAGCGAUGUAACUGUUCAGGUUAAGUUAAAUAAGGUGUAACUCUCUCUCUAACUUAUCAUCUUAACAGAACUGGGUGGGAAAUUAAAGGCUUGAAUUUACUUUACGAAACCAACAUUUUGACGCAAGACUCGUUUAAUAAUUCUGAUAAUCAAGCUUCAUCACAACAUACCAAAAGUUUCAAAUGUUUCAUUUCUGUUGGUUCCUUUUUGUUUUGCUUCACAGCAGAACGUUGAUCACUGAUGAGGCUUCACUACAUUAUGUUAAACAUCUUCAGAUAAAGAUCCUUGAAAUCAGGAUUAGGAGACAGAGCCGUAAAGAAAAGAAAUACAAGUGAUGGUCUUUAGAUGCACAGACAGAUAUUAUUUAGAUUAUUUCAGGAGAGUACUUUUUUAUUUUCAAUUACUGACAUCCCCUAAACUCAUCGCGUGCAGGUGAUCAUAAAGUUAUUGAUUUGAAAAGCUGGCAGCUAUGAACAGACUCAUGAUGUGUGAUUGUGUGUUUAACUGCAUGAGUGAGUGACUGAAGUCAUUUGUCACAACAAACCAAAGACGACAGUGAAACGAAAUUCAAUAAAACUCGCCAGGUUUCAUUUGUAAUAAACAAGAUUUAGACAAUCAGACUGGAUUUUUUAAACUAUCAGAACUUCCUCUUGUCCCGCUCUCUUUGUUACAACUCUUUAAAGGCACGUUUAAGGGUUAAGACUUUGCUUUAGCUUUGGCACUUAGCAGAAGAGGAGGCUUGGAAGAAUGUUUCAGUCACACUAAGCUCCUACACUGUGGCACCACCACUUGUGACCUUGUUGCCUUUGAAGUGGUUGUUUCAAAGAUGGGGGCCAGGUCUCUAGCUGCCAUCGUCAGCGCAACUUUGGUGCAUCCAGACAUCGAUAAAAAUGCAAUUUGACGAGUCGGUCGAUCUGCUGCCAGUCUGUGACUGAAUGAGGCGUUUACAUGCAAUCUGUUUGUGAUCAGUGCAAAUCUGCUGCCAUCGACAGACACAGAAGUUCACAUGAAAUCCUUACAGUCGAACCUCAUUGAUUUGAAACAGAAAUUCAGAAAUUCCUUCACAAGUAGUGACGUAGUGACGAUUUAACUCCAGAAUGACGCGGGUGUAGGAGCUUAACCAGAAUGCAACCGCCACCAGAGAUGCAGAAUAUGUACGCCUAUCAGGACAGGCUGACUCGGGCUGAUUAACAUGUCUCUGUACAAGCCUUCACCAGUCAGUCUGAGCCGGACUGCAAUUGUUUGGAGACAGGUGGCCUCCCAUAAGGAGGUUGCAGUCCCAGUUUUAGUCCAGUGUGACGGAGUCAUAGAAUUAAAUAUAGCAACUCAGGUUAGUCUUUACUGAGGUUCAGACAAGUGGGUCAAAGGGUGUUUUUCCAAUAAACUUGAUACAGCCGGCCUUUGUUUUGUAACCAGACUAGUUGCCCUCUGACUGACUGCCGUCAGAAAUAAAUUGGAUUUAAGGCGCUUCAGCACCUACGCCUGUUUUCAUAUGUAAUGAGUAGAAAACACUGGUAACAAGGAGCAAGCUUUAUUCAAAUAAAUAAGAACCUACUCAUCCAGCUGAUCUCAGAUUCACCUCUGCACUUACUUGGGUUCUCAGCAGUAGUUAGAAACUCUCUAUUAUUUUACUAAGAUAUAAAACAAUUGAGAAAAUAUGAUAAAUGGAAAAUAAGGGUUAAUUUCCCACCCAGUCCAAACUGCGUUAGCGUGUGAAAAACUCGGAGGGUGAAUCAACUUUAAUCCCAUUUGAUGUGUGGCAAAAUAGAGAAUAAGGUGCCUUCAGACAUAGUGAUGGUACAAUAUAAAUAAUAAUGCUCACAAAAAGACAGUUCAGCGUCUAAAUCAAUAAUAUAAUGAUUUGUGUCCAUUCAAAACAGCAAAUCGAAGCCAUUUACUGCAUUUUUUAAAAGUCUGGCUGAAGGACUGAGCCGCUCGUCGCCUUGUUCAUCCAACAAAGACACAAAGGAGCCUGAAACCUGGACCGAAUUUCAUUCAAAGGACUCGCUAACAUCUCACAGGACUGAAGUGCAGAACAUGUUUCCGUGUCACACCGAGUGAAAUCUUCUUGAACAAACUCAUUUUUACACAUUUUUGCACUUUGAGUUCAAAUCUACCAUGCCAGUAUUGAAGUGUAUUUCCUUUCUUCCUUUAAUCAGUCUCACCGGAUGUCAGGUAGAAAGUUCUUCCACCGCUUGAACGAUUUUACCAGCCAUUUGCAUUUUUUGACUAGAAAUGAAACUUUCAGUGUUGGUUGCUAGUCAGCCUCAUAUAAAUAUUUGCCAGAGUUUAACUGGUGGAUGAUGGGAAAUUCCUCUGAAUGCAAACAUUAACGACAUAUUUUUAGUCUCCCCGUGAUGACGUGAAUGCACCAACUGUAGAUAUUAACUGUACAGUGUGUUCUAUUUUCAGUGGGGCCAACAGCAUCAAUCUGUAACUGAGGUUCAGAAUUGUUUGAAUUAACAAAACGUGUGCUCUAAAAACCAAAGUUCAUCUGGGUUCUUCGGGCUAUUCGGGCUUCUUCGUGAGAACAGUAAAGCCCUUAGUGUGCGAGGUUUGUGGGAAUACAGUCACAUAUUGGAAUCGUUUGACGGCGUUCCUCAGGGAACCAUCUUGGGUUCCCUGUUGUUUUCAAUCUGAAGAACCCCUUUGACUUUUUAGAGCGUGCUACUAAUAUUAUUAUCAAUAUUGUUGUGUGGCAAGCUUCUACUAACAUACUGUACUCCUUGGGCUGUUUUGUAUUUUUAGCAUUUUUAAUUUUGUUAUGUGCUUAUAAUGUGAGAUUUUAUUUCUUUUCUGAUUUGGGCAUCUUAUGGAAGUAUUCAAUCCUUUUUAUUUUAAUAUAUUUAAAAAAAAAAAACAAUAAUGAUUUUCUGUAACUGACAUACAAGUUCUUCUAAUAUUUUGAUUAUAGACUGUGAUAAUUACUUUGACUCAACCCACAGCAUGCUCAAGCAAACACACGCCUGCACACUGAAUCAUCACAAAGCCUCUCUUCACUCUUUUAAUGGAAACAAGCAACACCUCUGCUAUCAAACAACAUUGAAAUUAACACUUCAUGUUGAGCUGCUAAGAAUUUUUGGACCGUAGGGCCAUAGCAUGCAUCUACAAUCACCUGCAGAAAGACUUUGUCUCUUUCUAAAGGCCUUACAGUAACCACGUCGACUCCAGACUAAAGCGGCAAACACCACAGAAACAUCAAAACAAAGUUCUCGAGGAACACUGGAUCAAACCUACCUCGUAAGGGAAUACACAGCAUUUCACUCAGUCUCAGUGCAUGCCCAAGCACAUCCUCAGUAAACAUCCCAUCUUAAAGCUCCAUACCCCUCGUUUGCAUGUUUAUGAACUUCAAACUGUAUUUACUUUGUGUUACGGCGCUACCAUGUCGAGAUUUGUUACCUUCCUAUGUCCACUGUUCGGUUUAAGUUUCACUUGCAUUGAACUUGACACUUGCUGCAGAUAAAUCAUUCAUCACUGGUAACAUCUAACAAGGAUCUAAGUCAGAGGUGUUAAAUGUAAGGCCCAGGGGCCAGACCAUUCCCACUACACCAGAGUAAUUACAUAAAAGAAACAGAGAAAUGAUUGUAAAGUUCCUGUUUUUUCACUUUCCG